AUGGUAGCCGUCCAACGAACUACCAUUGAAGCCGUCUCCGCCGUCCGGCCCCUCAAAGUAAGUCGUUGCGGUCUUUUUAAAUCAGAAGUCAACUCAAAAUCUGAAAAACUGACACAUGUUUCGCGCCAUCUGGUUCCGAUGAAGCGAGAAACUUGAAAACAACAGCUAACGAAUUCCCAAUUGCAGAUAAUCUCCCUGAUUUGCCUCGUCAUCGGCGUCGGCCUUCUCAUCGUGGCACUCAGCUCGACAUCCUGGCUCAAAUCUGGCUCCUUCCGAACGGGUCUCUUCAAAGAAUGCACUUCGACCAACGAGCCCACCCAUGCUUCCCCAUUCCCUGGAGCCCCAUCCCCUGGCAGCUGCCACAAACCAUCCCGUAACUCUGGUGAGUCACCCCUUAUAACUUCGAUCACACUUUUCUGUCUCUCUUCAGGAUUCCUGACCGCCGCCGCCGUUCUUCUCAUUGUCGCCUUGUUCCUGACUGCUCUCUCCGCCAUCUUCAACAUUGUUGGACUCAGCAAAUCGGACGUCCGUGGAAAAUACAGAUGGUACAGAAUCGCGACGAUGAUCGCCGGUAUCUCAGGUACCCGCUCUCCAUCUCCAGCUCCCCCAUCAUUUCCCUUUUCAGUCCUUCUCGAACUCGUCGCCCUCAUCAUGUUCCCAGUUGCAUUCUACGUCAAAAUGGGAGAAUACGGAUCGCGCCGCAACUGGGAAGUCGAUUGGUCGUACGGAAUCGCCUGGGGAGCCACUCUCUUCACUCUCGGAGCAUCCAUCAUGCUCAUUUGCGACAAGGAGCACGAGGAGGUGUACUACAAGGAGAAGACGAUCUACAACCCGCCGCCCGAGCUCUCCGAUCGAUAG